GUCCGCAGUACGGAGUAGUCUGCCGUAGGGGUUAUCCCCUCCUGUCAAAAUUCAAAAUUCGAAAUCACUUCGGAAAAGGAUCUUAGAUGGCUCCCGUUCCUGCCAGAGAAGACCGCCGAAUCAUUCUUCAUUUUGAUUAUGAUUGCUUCUACGCCUCCGUCUUCGAAGCCGAACAGCCCGUCUUGAAAUCGCUGCCUUUGGCAGUUCAGCAGAAGCAAAUCGUCGUGACCUGCAACUAUGAAGCCCGACGCCGGGGUCUGCACAAACUUCAAUUGAUCCGAGAAGCCAAGCAAAUCUGUCCCGACGUGGUGAUUGUUCUGGGAGAGGAUCUAUCCAAAUUCCGAGAUGCGUCCAAGGAGCUCUACCUCUUCCUCCGCGGUUUCGUUUGGGGAGGCCGCGUAGAAAAAUUGGGAUUCGACGAAUUGUUUUUGGAUGUCACAGACAUGAUCACGUACAACGUGGAUCUGCUGAAUCCAAAUGAUCUAGAACACUCGUUCUUUCAUCUCGACCGCCAGGAACCCACGGUGGGCUUCCGCUACAAUGCCACCCUACCACUUGGUCCCACCUAUCCGUCGGACCCAACGUGGUCCUCGCCCGUCGCCCAGGUCGACUCGUCCUUGCUGGACACCAAGCUGCUGGUUGCCUCCCAUCUAGCAGGCCACCUGCGGAGGCAACUCGAGCAGCGGAAGGGAUACACUGCCACGGUGGGUGUGUCAACGUCGAAACUUCUCGCCAAGCUGGUGGGAUGCACCCACAAGCCUAAUAGUCAGACAACCCUCCUGCCGCCCUACGUUGCGGCGCAGCCUGGCGCACAUACCAACGUCCUCGAUUUCCUCGAUGCCCACGAGAUCCGAAAAAUCCCCGGCAUCGGGUCGAAAAUCGCCCAACGGAUCGCUUCCCAUCUCGUCAGAGCAGGUGUUCGAUCGGGCACCACCCGGCCUGAAACAACUCCUGUCGCGGAUGCCCCCAUUACCGUUCGACACGUGCGUCAAUGUCCGGGCAUGGGCCCUUUACUUCUAGAUAAGAUCGUCGGGGGGCCCGGAUAUCCCAAGGACAUUGGUAUCAAGAUUUGGCGACUGAUCCACGGCGUAGAUUACUCGGAGGUCCGGCAGGCCCGAGACUUGCCAACCCAGAUCAGCAUCGAAGACACUUACGGGCGUAUGGACACUCUCGAUGCCGUCAGGCGGGAGCUGGUCUCUUUGACGGUUAGUCUAAUCCGGCGCAUGCGGACGGACCUGACCGAGAGGCUGGACGAGCGGGAAGCGGCACCGGGGCGAGUUCCCGGGACUCUGCGACCUUCAGAGACCGCUCGCAUGCGAUGGCUUGCUCGCCCUAAAACAGUACGUCUCUCCACGCGACUUCGACCACCUCCCACACCGGAUGGAGGGCAGAUCCGCAGCUUCAACCGCAUCUCGCGCUCUGCGCCCCUCCCUCAGUAUGUCUGCAAUCUGGACGAGAACAUCGAUUCGCUGGCAGAGCGACUGGUGUAUGAGCUGGUCAUGUCCAUGUUUCGAAAGCUUCAUCCCGAGAAAUCCGGCUGGAAUCUACAUCUGUUGAAUGUCGCCGUGACGAACAUGAUCGAGACGGCUGGGGAGCACAAGCAGAGCGGCGGUCGGGACAUCGGGAAAAUGUUCCAAACCCAAGACACGGCAGAUCGAGGUCCUUCGAGUGUAAAGGAAGAAAGCUUGUUACCGGUCAAAGAGUCUGUCAUGACCAAUGCCUCAGGCGAAUCCAGCCCUCGACCCGAUCCCGGGAUUGAUGCGUGGGAGAGCGAUGAGGAAGAGGAUAUGGCCUGCGUAGCGUGUACCACGUGCGGAGCACUGAUUCCGCAUUUUGCACUUGUAGCCCACGAGGUCUUUCACUCUGCACCGGGAGAAUGAUGGAGAUAUCACGGGGGUGGAGAGCCUCGACCCCGUAGAUGGUGCUAGUCCUGGAUAUACGGAGUAAGACGGCACCUGGACCUAGCUUUGACGCUAUUGGCCUUACCCACCGGACGAGUCCGGGGUAUAAUCUAGACUAUAGAUCUUGUACCGUGUAUUUACUAUCUGUAUAUAUGAUCUGCCAUUCCAGCAAUAAUACUAUGAUACUCUAGUGAACACGGACGAGUAUCUUUAGUAGGGCUGACCAGAUCCCG